GUGAGAGAGGUGGUGUUGUGAGGGGGUGUUGGUGUUGCUGUUUUUCAAGAUUCGAUGAUCCAUCAUGCCUGCAGAACUGGGCACAGAGGAUGAAUUUAGAAUUCUAGUGGCAACAGAUAAUCACCUAGGGUACCAGGAGAAGCAUGGAGAAAGAGGCAGUGACAGCAUGACCACAUUUGAAGAGAUUCUGCAACUAGCCCAUGAAAAAGAAGCAGAUUUUAUAUUGCUUGGUGGGGAUCUCUUUCAUGAAAAUAAGCCAUCUCGAAAUUGUGUGAUACAAUGUUCACAACUCCUAAAAAAGUAUUGUCUUGGUGACAGACCGGUAGCAUUUGAAUACCUGAGCGACCCCAGUCAGGAUUUCUGCAUGCAGGAGCCACGGGUGAAUUUUCACGACCCCAACCUUAACAUCGCGAUGCCCGUGUUCUCCAUCCAUGGCAACCACGACGACAUCAGCGGGCUGGGUGACACGGCUGCCCUUGAACUGCUCUCCGUGGCGGGACUCAUCAACUACUUCGGCCGCUGGACCGACCUCAAGUCUGUCCGGCUGGCGCCCGUGCUGCUGCAGAAGGGCCAGACCAAGCUGGCGCUGUACGGGCUCGGCAACGUCCGGGACGAGCGGCUGCACCGCAUCUUCACCGGCGGCAACUUCGUGAUGCUCCGUCCUAAAGAAGACACAGAAAGCUGGUUUAAUCUGUUCGUGCUGCACCAAAACCGCGUGAAACACGGCCCCAAGAACUACAUUCCGGUGGAGUUUCUGGACGACUUCCUCGACCUGGUGGUGUGGGGGCACGAGCACGAGAACCGCCUGCGGCCCGAGUGGCAGGAGCGUCCGCAGCUCUACAUCUCGCAGCCCGGCAGCUCGGUGGCCACCUCGCUGUGCGACGCCGAGGCCAAGCCGAAGGCGGUCGGCCUGCUGACGGUGCGCGGCAAGGAGUUCCGCAUGGAGUCCGUGCCGCUGCGCACGGUGCGGCCGUUCGUGUUUCGCACGUUGCGGCUCUCGGAGUGCGCCAGCCUCGACCUCACCGUGCGCGACGUGUCGGCGGCCGUGCAGCAGUACGUCGCCGCCUACGUGGACGACCUGCUGCUGGAGGCGGAGGAGCAGCUGACCGGUCACGAGAAGCAGCCGCGCCGCCCGCUGGUGCGCCUGCGCGUGGAGUACUCGGAUGAGAACCAGGUGUUCCAGGGCGUGCGCUUCGGCCAGAAGUACUCGGACCGGGUGGCUAAUCCCGAGGACAUGAUCAUGCUGAAGCGGGAGCGCACCGAGGCGGAGGCGCGCGCCGACGCCGUGGACGGCGGGGCGAUGGCGGCCGUCGUGCAGCAUGAGGAGAUGCGGGUCGAAGAUUUCGUGGUGCAGUACUUCGCGCAGCUGGAGGAGGGUGCCGGACUGCACGUGCUGGAUGAGCGAAAGAUGGGCAUGGCUGUCAAUCGCUUCGUCCUCAAGCAGGAGAUUGGUGCAAUCAGCGACGUUGUGAAGCACCAGAUCAAGAGGGCGGUGGCCGAGCUGCAGGCGCGCAGCCCGCUCGAAGUCAGCGAGGCGAGCGCGCGGGAGGAGCUGGCCAGGGCCCGCGAGGAGCGCGCGCAGAAGAAGCUGGAGAAGAUGAACGGUAGCGGAGCCACCGCCGCCACCGCCGCCACCGCCGCCACCGCCGCCACCGCCGCCACCGCCGACAAGCUCAGGGUGGAUUCGGACGAAGAGGAGGAGGAGAUGCGCGGCGUGCUAGAGGGCGGCUCUCCGCCGCCGCCGCCGCUGCCGGACGUCGCUGCCGUCACCAUCAUCUCCGACUCUGACUCGGACGACGUGAUGAUGCCGGACGACCCACCAGCGGAGAGCGCGACUGGCGGCGGGCGGCGGGCAAGACCGACCCGCCGCAAGGGCGUGCUGUUCGACAGUGACAGCGACAGUGACUGA